AUGACAGUGAUAUGGGGCCUCAACCUCAGGGAGAUGCAAUGGGCCAAGUUCAAGUCCUCAUACAUGUUUGGCAAUAGGGACUACCACCUCCGCCGCACAAAGUUCGGCAUCUACCAAGGCGCCAUGAUCCUCACCGUCGUCUCGGAAUCGCUCGGCACCGCAGCUCUAUCCGACUACGCCGCCAAGCAGGCCUUCGUUGCCCAGCACUCCCCCGGCACCACCGUGCACAACAACACAUUCGUCGGCAUCGCCGCGUACAACAUCCUCGUCGGCAUAUUCGUCGCCACCGUCUUCGGCGCCGCCUUCUUCUUCGACCUCUUCUGGCCUGCGCGCGCUGAGUCGCGCGCCGUCAAGACCGCGUGGCGCGCCUGCUCUGUCUGCGCCUGCCUGCUCACCCUGUCCUGCGUGCUGGUGUACACGUACAUCGUGGCGACGAGGAGCGCGUACGUGACGGGCACGGGUGCUGCGAGUGCGGAGCGGCAGAUGGCGGCAGAUGGCGGGAGUCCGUUGAGGUACGCUGACAACGGGCGGGCGGUUGCAAGCGUGGUGUUCUUGUGGCCGGGUAUGGUGUUUACGUUUGUGAGCACGUGGGUGCUGUGGCGGUCGCUGGCGCAUGGUGAUCGGUUUGGCCCGAUGAGUUCGCAUGCGAGAAAGGAAGAGGGUGCUGAGAAGUUGCCGGUGGGCCUUGAUGGCGCUGUGGAGAUGCUGGCUCAGCCGCCGCCGACACAUGCGGUUCCUGACGCGGACGCGCGUGUGUAG